AAAAAAACUUAAUUUUUCUUUCGCCUCUCAGCGGAAAGUAGAAAAAAUCGUCCAUCAGCGAAAAACAUAAAAAGUCUGCAACUUUGCAGGAAAAUAACCAGGAAAACUAUUUAAUUGCAAUUUGAAAACCAAAACUAAAGAAAAAAGCAUCAUGUCCGAGGCCCAUUUCGAUGAGUACGAGCACUACAACUUCGACCAUGACAAGCACAUCUUCUCCGGUCACAGCGGCAAGCAGAGGAGCAAGAAGGAGGCCAAUGAGCACACCAACCACUUUGACCCCUCUGGUCAUUCCCGCAAGAUCCUAACCAAGCUUAUGAACACCAACAACAACAACAAGAAGGCAGCCUGCAAGAACUGAUGCAGGUCAUCAGUGGAGGAGCGGCAGCGAGAAGGCAAGAAGUAACCGAACCGAGGGAGUGCGAAAAAGAAAUCUUCGAAUUUAAGCUACAAAAGGAAUCGAGAAAAGGUUGAAAUCAAAAAAAAAAGAAGAAAGAAGGAAAGAGAGCCACCUGGGAAUACAAUAUUGCAUUAGUAUUUGCAUUGUAUUUUCAUGCGGCGCAAAAGCUUGUGAACUUUAUAAUAAUUUUAUUUUCUUUAUAAUUUCACAAACAAAAAAAAAACUAAAAUCUUACUCUUAGCUUCUAACAAAAAUUCCUAAACUAAUUCAGACUUACACGUUUUAGUUGCUAAGCUUUAGUGAGUUUCAAAUUAUGAAGUUUGAUUUAGAUAUUACUUAUAAAAUAAAGAGAAAACCAAAACUGAA